AUGUUCUACGGUUCCUCCUCUGGGGCGAGCAUGUCCCUGCCGUCCAAGAGUCGCCUGAAGCGCCAGAGCAGAACCUUCACUCAGGUCCUGUACCGGACUCUGAGCUACAGAGACCGCGUUGCAGCAGAAACUGGAACAAACACCCGGGGGGACCGCCGCUCUACCACCGAACCCCCAGAGCGGCCGGCCGACGACCCGGCUGAACUCUCCACGCAGAGCUCGGCCCCCGGGGUGCUGAAGAUUUUCGGGGAUGAAAUCUGCGCCGGUGCCAACUACAAGAGCGUCCUGGCCACGCCACGCUCCAGUGCACAGGAACUGGUCAAAGAGGCACUCGAACGCUACUCGCUCAACAAGGCUGCCGCCCACACGUACGUCCUGUGCGAUGUGAUCGGACACUUGGAAGGGGGAAGGGGGGGCGGGAUAGGGGGAGGCGGGUGGAGGACUGAGUGCCUGCGUGCACUGGGAGACAAUGAAAAGCCGCUGCUGCUCCAGGAGCUGUGGAAACCAAGAGAAGGACACGCUCGCAGGUUCGAGCUGCGCCGGAGAGCAGAGGUGGAGGAGCUCAACGCCAAGGAGAAGGACACCAUCACUGCUGGGCCCAAAACCCCCCAAUUCCUGGCGGCUCUAAUGGGUCGGUCCGGACUUGGCAAACACAGGAGCUCCCCCCUACGGUGUGGUCGAGUGGUACAAUCCAGCUCUAAAGACAUCAACGCCCAGGCUCGUAAGCUCCAGAGGAACCGGGCGAAGGGGACGCUGACACUGCCCCGAUCCAGCAACUCCUCCCUCUGCCGCAGCCUCAGUGAAACCAGCCUCAACCAGCUGGGAGUCGGAGAUGAGCCCAAACGUUAUUACUCUACCCUGCCCGGGCCGUUAAGAGCCCGAGAGCGUGAGUUGGCCUCCAGUGGCCGGAGGAAGGAGGAGGGGAGUCAGGGAGGAGGAGGGGGGGUGAGGCACUCUCUCUACCAGUCGCCACAUCUCCUCCUGCUGCAGGGAUACAAUCGCCAGGACUGUCUGGUGUACCUGCUGAACAGAGAGCAGCACACAGUCGGCCAGGAGACCCCCUCUGCUCGGCCCAACAUCUGCCUGUUCUCUCCUGACAUCCUGCCUCUGCACUGCCGCCUGUGCAGAGUCCCCGCACCCCGCCGCCAUGCCACCACCAACAACAGCAACAAGGGGGACGAGCUGGCGGAGAACCAGCGCUCCUGUGUUGCUGUGGAGCCCGUCCUCCACGCCACCGUCCUGGUGAACUUCUCCCGCUGCGAGCGUUCCACCACGCUGCGACACGGUGACCUCCUCUCGUUCGGAUCGCAUUACAUCUUCUUGUACAAGGACCCCACGGGCGCUAAGCCUCUGCCGGCCCAGACCUUGGCACGCCUCCGCACCCUGGGACAGCUUUACGAUGCAGGCCUGGAGGAAGGAGAGGGCGGGGCCCAGACCUGUAAGAUGUGUGGUUCUGUGCUGAAGGACAGAGCAGCGAACGUGUCGAGCGCUCCGGCGGUCAGACGCAGCUUCAAACCUCACCUGGUGAAACCCCGCAGCGUGGGGACAACAGCAGGAGGACCCCUCAGUGUGUCGGGAGUGGAAGGAGGCGGAGGAGGAGGAGGAGGAGGAGGAGGAGUGGGAGGAGGAGGGGGAGUGGGAGGAGGAGGAGGCGGAGGAGGAGGGGGAGUGGGAGUAAGAGGUCAGAAAAGGAGGCUACAACUGGACUUUGACCAGGCUCAUGAAGACCAGCUGUUGAGCAGAAUUCUGGGUCUCAUUGAACCUGGAGGAGACGACCACAAGCUGACGCCAGCCUACCUGCUGUGUCUGUGCAUACAGCACUCCGCCUCCACCUUCCCUCCGGGGAGCUUUGGAAAACUGCUGCUCAAGAUCGUCCGGCGAAUCCAGACCAUCGCAUGGGAGAAGACAAAGGAGCUGGCUCAGAAGCAAGCUCAGCACCAGGACCCGUCCUCCCUGUCCCUGCUCAGUAUCUCAGACCUGAUCCCAGACCUGCAGAUCAUCUUCUUCUGGAUGUCCAACUCCAUCGAGAUCCUCUAUUUUAUACAGCAAAGAGUUCCAGCGUACACACACAGCAUCGAGACACUGCAAGGGUCGAAGGAGUCCCUGCUGUCUGCCACCAUAUCAGCCAAUGAGGAGGCGAUGACCAUCCUGGAGGAAGUGAUCAUGUACACGUUCCAGCAAUGUGUCUACUACAUCACCAAGGCUCUCUAUGUAGUGUUGCCAGGUUUGUUAGACUGUAAUCCAUUCCCGGUCGACAGCUCUGAGCCGUGCUGGAAAGGAGGUGUAGGGUUUCCUGAACCGAUACGCAGGGUCCUGCAGGUGUUGCAGAAUGCCCAGGAGCUUCUGCACGGCUACGAGGUCCACCCAGAGAUCCAGGCUCAGAUGUUUGCUUACCUCUUCUUCUUCUCCAACGUGUCUCUGUUUAACCAGCUAAUGGACAAAGGUCCCUCCCGGGGCUGGUUCCAGCGCUCCAAGGUGCUGCAGAUCCAGGCGUGUUUGCGGAUGGUCAUGGAGUGGGCGAGCAGAUCCAGUCUGGGACAUCUGGCCGACAAGUUCUUCACCAAACUCACCAGCACGGUGUCCAUACUGGCCACAUCCCCACAACAGCUCAAACAGCUGAGUUGGAGAGCGUUGUCCAGUGAGCAUCCGUCUCUGAAACCAGUUCAGCUGCACAGGAUUCUCACCCAGUACCAGCUCACAGCAGAGAUCGGCCCGGUCCCCAAAUGGCAGCCCAGCAGUGAGGACGAGGCCUACAUUUACAGAACAGUGGACUCUCCUGAGAGCUUCGAGAACCACCCUCCCAUCGUGCUGCCAAGCGCCGGGUUCCGAGUGGACCUGGACAGCGAGUGUGUGGAAGACAGCAUCUACAGCAGCUGCUCUACAUCCCGCCACUACCUGUGGGGCCUACGCACCAAGACGCAGCCUCACGCAGCCGCCCCGAGCGUGCACACACACUCCAACGGAACCAACACGGCCGACUGGCCCGACGUCCAGAGGGAGCUGCUGCCUCCCCCCCACAACAGUCCCCGCUCCGGAGGUCCCGGGGACGAGGCGGAGACGGGGGAGGAGAGAGGACGGGACAGACCCCCGGGACAGACACACACACACAGCCUCAGGAGGAACGGGACGAUUCACCACCCCCGGCCGGCAAAUCCGGACCCGUCCUGCCUCUUGACCCCCCCCAACACCCCGCUGUACCCCGAUGGGGGCGGGGGAGGGGUCCUCGGGCCGAUCAUAGGCCCCAACGCUCAGACUAACGGCUGCGGCGGCAGAGCGGCAGCAGAGUGCAAGAAGACCAACGGGCUCAUCAGCAACGGACUGGAGGGGUGUAUUAGUGGGUGUGAGUUUCCUUUCCCUGUAUCCUCCCCUGGCGUCCCUCCCCUCCCUGAUGACUUGUGUGUGGUGUUUGUAGUGGAACUGGACAAGGGACCGUACGGACUGGGAAUGGGACUCAUAGACGGACUGCACACUCCUCUCAACGCUCCAGGCAUUUACAUCCGGACCCUGAUCCCCGACGGGCCGGCUGCCUCCGACGGCCGCCUGAGGAUCGGGGACCGCAUCCUGGCUGUGAACGGCACCAGUCUGAUCGGAGCAGACUACCAGAGCGCGGUGGAUCUGAUCCGUCUGGGUGGAGGUCGCCUCCGCUUCCUGGUCGCCAAGUCUGACCCCGAGGUUUCAGAUAAGAUCAGUGCCUCCUCCUGCUGACCGCCUCCAGGGCGCAGCCAAGAAACACACACACAGUCCACAGGUGCAGAUGUGUGUGUGUGUGCUGAUGAACAGGAAACACACACAAACGCACCCCCGGAUUGCGUAACACACUCCGCAUGAAAUAUGGAUGCAAAACCUCAUGUCUGCACAUAAGCCAAUCAAAGUGGAGGCAUCAGCUAGCAGACCUGCCCCCCCUCCCCCCUUUCUAACCAAGGCAACAUCCCACCAGUGGCUGCGAGGUGGGCGGGGUCUAAGGAGCCAGUCAGACGUCUUGAUGGGUUUUUAGGUUCUCGUCAGUCGGAGCAUGUGUGACCUCUGGACUCCCCC